AGAGAUAUUAUGAGGCUGUUGUCAUUAGGGCGAUCGCGGCCGAAUCACUGAAUCUGUUUUCGCCGCGGCGGCGGCGGCAGCCGCUCUGGCUCUGGAGGUGUGUGCGUGUGUGCGUGUGUAGUUCGUGUGCCUGUGGGUGUCUGAGCGAGCAAGCCGGUGCGCAGAUGCCCGCCUGUACGUGGGUGAGGGUGUGUGAGUGCGAGUGUCCUGCGUGCGUGUGAAAGGUGGUGGGUGGGAGUGAGUGUGUGCGCGCGGGGGGAGUGUGAGUAUACGUGUGUGUGCAUGUCUGGGUUCGGAUGAGGGUCUCUAUGCGGGUGUGGAUGCGCGUGGGGUGCGUGAGCCCCCUUUCCCUCCCCUCUUUCUCCUCUUUUUCAUUUCCUCCGUCUGCCUCUUGCCGUCCUUUCUUUUCGCCUUGAUCCCGAUUCCUUUCUCUCGUCCUCCUCUCCUUCCUUCCUUCCUUCCUUCCCUCUCUGCCUCGCCCGCUCUCUGUCUUUCGAGCCCCUCCCCCGUCCUCCAGGCUGGGUCCCAUGGUGUUCCGAUCCCCUUUAGAGCUUUAUCCCACCCAUUUCUUUCUGCCAAACUUCCCCAGCGACCCGCACCACCACCACCGCUCGCUUCUUCUGGCCACUGGUGGCAGCAGCAGCAGCUCCGGAGCUGGAGGCGGCGGCGGUGGCAGCGGCGGCGCCGCCACCGGGUGCAGCGCCGGAGCGGCCGGUGGCGGUGGCGGCGGCGGGGGAGGAGGAGGAGGCGCCUCGCGGGGAGCCCCGGAAGAGCCGUCCAUGUUCCAGCUGCCUACGCUCAACUUCUCCCCGGAGCAAGUGGCCAGUGUCUGCGAGACACUGGAGGAGACGGGGGACAUCGAGAGGCUGGGCCGGUUCUUGUGGUCCUUGCCGGUAGCGCCCGGAGCAUGUGAAGCCAUUAACAAGCACGAGUCCAUCCUGCGGGCCCGAGCGGUGGUGGCCUUCCACACGGGCAACUUCCGAGACCUUUAUCACAUCCUGGAGAACCACAAGUUCACCAAGGAAUCGCACGGCAAGCUGCAGGCCAUGUGGCUGGAGGCUCACUACCAGGAAGCCGAGAAGCUGCGCGGACGCCCCUUGGGGCCGGUCGACAAGUAUCGCGUCCGCAAGAAGUUUCCCCUGCCGCGAACCAUCUGGGACGGCGAGCAGAAGACCCACUGCUUCAAGGAACGGACUCGCAGCCUCCUGCGGGAAUGGUACCUCCAGGACCCCUACCCCAACCCCAGCAAGAAAAGGGAACUGGCCCAGGCCACCGGCCUGACGCCCACGCAGGUCGGCAACUGGUUCAAGAACCGGCGGCAGAGAGACCGGGCGGCGGCCGCCAAGAACAGGCUCCAGCACCAGGCGAUCGGACAGAGCGGCAUGCGGUCGUUGUCAGAACCGGGCUGCCCGACUCACAGUUCGGCGGAGUCUCCGUCCACGGCGGCCAGCCCCACUACCAGCGUCUCCAGUUUGACAGAAAGAGCCGAGACGGGGACAUCCAUCCUCUCGGUAACCUCCAGCGACUCAGAAUGUGAUGUAUGAUAAUGGAAAGGAACAAAAGCUAAGAAAACAACAAUAAUAAUAAUUAAAACAAAAACUAGUAAAAGGCAAAGUAACGCCCCCGCCGUCCCAUCCCGAGCAAGCGCGCACCCAACUCCCUCGACGAACUGCCCCAGCUCCCCGAGAGAAAAAAAGGCACCUCAGAACAACCCUAGAAAGAAAACCGAAAAAAGAGAAGCAGACACUUAAAAACGAAUUUAAAAAUAAAUAAAACCAAACCUUACUUAGCAAACAGAAGAAAUAAAACAAACAAUCCACUGGGUAAAGGAACAAAACAAAAUUAACGUUGUGAAUUUCUGAUGCUGCAGCUGGGAAAUAAUAAUUAUGAUAAUACUGUGCUAUUAUGAAUAUUAUUACUGGAAAAGGGAAAAGAAAAAGAAAGAAAGAAAGAAGGAAGGAAGGAAAGAAAGAAAGAAAGAAAGAAAGAAAGAAAGAAAGAAAGAAAGAAAGAAAGAAAGGUGACAUUUGUAUUCUUUGUAGGACAAAAGCACAUUUGAGCGCUUUUCUUUUUAAUUUUUAUAAAUUUUAUUUUAAUGUUUGCGCUUUCCCAUGGACUGCAUUUCACCCAUUUUGCAUGAUAAUGAUUCAGUUUGCAUCUGGGGAAAACUAUAAUAUUCUCUAUACUAAAUGAACACAAUAAUAAUAAAGACUAGGGUGCGGGAAAGGAAAACACGGAUCAAAUUUGUACAAAAAGAGAGAGAAAAGCUUUUAGAAAAAUUUAAAGGAACUCUUUGAAGAGGGAAAUUACCAAUGUUUAUCACUUUUUGUUGGGUUUUAAUCAGCCUUUAUCUCUGCUGAUCUCCCCCCACCCCCCAAUCCAAGUGAUGGUUUAAAGUAGAUGCAAUUGGUUGUCCUUCUUCUCUUCCUCUCUCCUCCUCCUCCUCCGUCGUGGUUUUUUUUUAAUUAUUAUUUUAUUUUUUAAAAUUGUUAUUCUUUUGUUCAACAGACAAUCAUUUUCUUCCUAAGCACCUUUUUUUCUACACUUCUGUCACUGCCUGUGUGGGUACUGGUUAUAAAUGUGGAAAAAGAAUAGUUAUGACUGUAACAGAUUUUUAUUUUUAUUUCAAAAUUUUAUAUGAAUUAUGUAUAUCUUAAUGAUGAGGUCAUUUUUCCCAGUUUGUAAUAUAUGUGUAGAAAAUACUUGUAUAUGAUACUUGCUCUUCUCUUCUUGUGUCCCCUGUCUUGCCCUCGCCCUUCCCCCUCCCUUCUCUUUCCUUCUUAAAAAAAAGACAGAAAAGAAACAACGUUUUCCCUGACUUGGGUUUCUUGCACAAACGUAGCUGUCAGGAGGUGACAGGCUGGGUUUUCAAAAGGGACCUCAGUGAUAGAAGAAACGAGGCUUCGGGUUCCACUGUAGUUUUCUUAUGC